AUGUUGAAUAUACCGCCUGUAUCUGUCCAACGACAUCCACAAAGAAGGCCAGGAAGUCCCGUUGGUGGAAGUGUCGGUAUACAGCGACCUCCUAUUAAUCCUGCUGCUCGCUCAAUCUUGGGAGGGACUUCGGCGUAUAGUGCAUUGGCCGUGAACACUUCUCAUGGAGCUGCUGGUUCACCACAAACGGCAACGCAGCAUAUGUCUCCAUCUGUAUCUGCACCAUCAACGGCAGCUUCAAAUGUUUUCGCACAUUUUCAACAAUCGCUGAACGCAUGCUCACCGGCUAGUCAACCGAGCAAAACCCCUCAACCGAUGGCCUCCCCAGCGGUUGGUGUAACAAAGCCCGAGAUUCCAUCUGCAGUUGUGCAACCGAUGGCUUCACCGGCGUUGCCGAAUACCACCAGUGUGCUGACCCCGGUUGCUUCGUUCCAGGAGACAAAUGUGCAGACGUCAACAGCUGUACCACCACCACCGGCCCUACAAUUUCUUGCCACAUCUGCCACUGUUUCUGGACCACCUACUUAUGAGCCAAUUUCCCCAGAUGGCAGUGCUCCAACUAGUCCGGUUGCACGCGCUGAAGCUCCUGCUUCUGCGCCAACAUGUGAGCCCUUUUUUAGUUUUUUAGGCCUCGGCCAGAUUUCGCUCAAAAGCGCCCAAAUUUCUAUAAGAUCUCUCCACUUUCUCUAUCCCUCCUCACACGAGAAAGUGAUACAUUAGAG